GAAGAAGGGCUGCUGGGUCAGCUCAUCAUUGUUUAUGGAUCAUGCUAACGGUACAGAUUGGGUAGUGACACGGUUAUCUCCUACAGAGCUCUCCUAAAUGGCGAACAUUGACAGUUUAAUCCUGAAGCUGUAUGAUGUGAACGCGGUGAAGUUCGGCGACUACGAGCUGAAGAGCGGCUUGAAGUCGCCGAUCUACAUCGACCUCAGAGUUUUUGUUUCUCAUCCUGUUCUUAUGAACGAGGUUUCCAGUCUCAUGUUCCAGCGAGUGCAGGAUGAAAAACUUAAGUUUGACUUGGUGUGUGGGGUUCCCUAUACGGCCCUGCCUCUGGCCACCAUCAUCUGCUCAAGAAAUGAACUGCCCAUGGUCAUGAAGAGAAAAGAGGCCAAAGACUACGGAACUAAGAAGAUGGUGGAGGGGUCGUUCUGUAAGGGCAAUAAGUGUUUGAUCAUCGAGGACACGGUGACCAGUGGUAGCAGCAUCCUAGAGACGGCAGAAGUGCUGCGAAAAGAAGGGCUGGAGGUGACGGACGCCAUUGUUCUGAUGGACAGAAUGCAAGGAGGGAUGGAGAUGCUCAAGUCUCAGGGAAUCCGGCUCCUACCAAUCAUCUCCAUGUUUAAACUGCUUGAUGUGCUGCGUGCAGCUGGACACAUCGAUGAUGCAACCGACCAGAGAGUGCGCGCGUACAUCCAGGACAAUGGCACUUACAAGUGUAAGAUGAACAUCCAUGGCGCUCCAGCUGCCAAGAAGCAGCGAGUGGAACCGGAGCCAAAAUUGACAUAUGCAAAUAGAGCUGCACUUCCUGGCAUCCACCCUCUGGCACGCAGGCUGCUAGAGAUCAUGGAGAAGAAGGCGACCAACCUCUGCUUCUCCGCUGACGUAAUGCGCAGCGAGGAGCUUCUCCAGCUGGCUGAGUCUUUGGGUCCAAAGAUCUGCAUUUUAAAGAUUCAUUGUGAAAUCCUGGAGGAUUUCACAGAAAAAUUCAGUCAGAAACUCAAACAUGUGGCAAAGAAACACAACUUUCUUAUAUUUGAAGAUCGCAAAUUUUCUGAUAUUGGAAAUGCAGUCAAGCAUCAGUAUGAGGGCGGGUUGUUCCGGAUCUCGUCUUGGUCUAACAUCGUCAGUGCCCAUGCUGUGCCAGGGCCCGGGGUCCUGGAGGGCCUGAGUGCCGUGGCGAAGCCUCUGGGGCACGGCGGUUUGCUCAUUGCACAGAUGAGCUCCCAAGGGUCUCUGGCUACUGGUGAAUACACAAAAGCUGUGGUGAAGAUGGCAGAGGACCACCAAGACUUUGUGUUUGGGUUCAUCUGUAGCUCUAAGAUAACUGAAAAACCUGAAUUUAUCCACCUGACCCCUAAUGUGCAGAUACAGACUGGAGGAGAUAAGUUGGGCCAACAAUACAGAACCCCAGACGAGGUGAUCAACAAAGGAUCAGACGUCAUCAUUGUUGGACGAGGCAUUUUGGAGGCGACCGAUAAGCUCAAGACUGCUGAGUUGUACAGAAAGUCUGGUUGGGAAGCUUACAAACAGAAAGUGGGUCUGGUGACGAGUAAGAAAUCUGGAGUGGAAUCUGCAUCAUUGUGAUAAACUGUCAAGAACCUCUAAAGGACGGAAACAUUAAGGGACAAUCCAGCCAGUAGAGGUUAGUAACACAUGGUAACUGGACUUGUCAGUUUACAUGCCCAACUGUCCAAUCAAAACACUUCCUGGUGAUAACCAUGAAAAUAAAAACCUUUGUGACAGUGCUCUA